CUGGGAAACAGGCCUCCCUCUGGAAUUCAGAGUUGAGCUGCUGUGUAAAUCACUGGCUCCUAGGAUCUAUAAGACAAGACUGAAGGCUACAAAGGAACAUCCAGGAGUGCCACACUCCAAAAGGACAGAUUCCACCACGCGCCAUGUGGUUGGCCCUGCUGCUGUUGCUGCCCACAGCGCUGUGCCUGAGCCUGGCAGCGCCUCACCAGGGAAGGCCCCCUCUUUUCUGGCCCACCCAGCAGGGCCCCCCUGGAAGCGGGGCCAGUAACGCCACGGGCUCACCGUGUGAGGGGCUCUUCCCUAUGGGGUCCACAACCUUGACCCUGGCAAACCGCAGCCUGGAACACCUGCCGAGCUGCCUGCCUCACGUGCUGCGCAGCCUGGAUGGCAGCCACAAUCUGCUGAGCGCCCUGAGUGCCUCAGAGCUCGGCCACCUGCCGCAGCUGCAGGUGCUGACGCUGCACCACAACCUCAUCGGCACACUGCGCUGGGGCCCUGGCUGGCCCGCGGGGCUGCACACGCUGGACCUCAGCUACAACACGCUGGCUACCCUGCCACCAUGCUCUGGGCCCGCUCUGAGCAGCCUUCGCACGCUGGAGCUCGCCGGGAACCCCCUGCAGUCGCUGCCGCCCAGGGCCUUCGCCUGCUUCCCCGCGUUGCGUCUGCUGAACCUCUCCGGCACCGCGCUGGGCAGCGGCGCCCAGGUGGACAUCGCUGACGCCGCCUUCGUGCACCUGGCCACUCUCGAGGUCCUGGACCUCAGCGGCACGCUCCUCAAGCAAGUUCAGUCAGGGUGGAUCAGAGACCUGCCCAAGCUCACGUCCCUCUCUCUAAAGAACAUGCCCAGGCUGAGGAGCCUGGAGGGGGACAUUUUCAAGAUGACCCCUGACCUGCAACAGCUGGAUUGUCAAGAUUCCCCAGCACUUACCUCUGUCCAGACACACAUCUUUCAAGAUACUCCUCGCCUACAGCUCCUUCUGCUCCAGAACUGCAACUUGAGUUCCUUCCCUCCUUGGACCCUGCAUACCUCCCAGGUCCUAUCCGUCAACCUCUUCGGCAACCCUCUCACUUGCAGCUGCGAGUUGUCAUGGCUCCUCGUGGAUGCAAAGAAGAUAGUCCUAAGCAGGGCAGCCGACACUCUGUGUGCACCAGCUGCAGCAUCCCCAGGGGCCUUCCCAGCCCCUGUUGCGCUGUCCCAGCUGCCCAGUGUGUGCCACUGGGACCAAAGCUCCACUCUCCUUGAUUCCAACUCACCCUCCUCCAGCCGCUUCCCCCAGGCACGAUCUACACAGGGUCCUUUCACCCCACCGAGCACAGCGCUCUCCACUCAAGCUGUGAGAGGCCUACAGAGUGUCACCAAGGCUCCCUCCCAUACCGUGGGGCCCACCUCGCGAGCUGCAUGGUCGCACAGCAGUGUUGGAGAGGGGGCCACGGCCUCCAAUACCAUCUCUACAUCAGGUCUCAGAAACUCCAGCGAUCCACCCGUGGCUGCAAGCACAGCUGGGAUAGAGCACAGAGAACAUGCUGCCAGGCUUCUCCUCGACCCUAAUAUCUCAGCUGUCUCCACCCCACCUGCCAGCAAACAACGCGGUCUCUUCCCUGCCUCCGGGAACCCACUGAGCACACCCAGGCACGACUGGAAGACACAGGCCACCCAGCAGGUCCCCCACCCAAGUCCUUCCGAGGGUGAAAUUCCAGUCCUGCUUUUGGACGACUUGAGUGAGAGUGAGAGUGAGAGUGAGGUUGAGGAGGUAGGAGCGACUUUCAGAGAUGUUCCCUGUGAUUACCACCCCUGUAAACACCUCCAGAUCCCGUGCGCAGACCUGCAGAGGCACUUGCGGUGCCGGUGCCCCGGCCUCAGCGGCGAAGACAUUAUUCCGGACCCUCCCAAACUGCAGGGGGUGUCAGAGACCACCGACACAUCUGCGCUUGUCCGCUGGUGCGCCCCUAACUCGGUGGUGCGCGGCUACCAGAUUCGCUACUCUCCAGAGGGCUGGCAGGGGAACCAGUCGGUGGUAGGGGACAUCUAUGUCACCGCCCGGCAGCACCCCUUGUACGGGCUCUCGCCUGACACCACGUACCGCGUGUGUGUCCUGGCGGCCAACAGGGCGGGGCUGAGCCAGCCGCAGGCCUUGGGCUGGAGGGAGCCCUGCUCCACCUUCACCACCAAGCCCAGCUUCGUGCUCAUCUUUGCGGGCCUGUGUGCAACGAGCGGCCUGCUGCUCGUCUGCACCCUACUGUUGACCCUGUGUCUCUGCAGGCGGGGCCGCAGGCCACACAGGCAGUGCUAUGACACGCACCUGGUGGCCUACAAGAACCCAGCCUUUGACUACCCGCUGAAACUCCAGACCUUCAAUCAGCCCAGCUUCCCCUCCUCCAGUUGAACUAGAGCUGAGGAGCUGGACGCCUGUGUGGAAGAAAGAAGAUAAACUGAUGGUCAAUCACUGCCCUCUCAGCUCUGUCUCUAAUUCCGUCACACAUGUCCUUUCCUUCUACUUCACUGUGUUUGCAGAAACGUGGUGGCCCACAUCAUACCACUCCUACUGGGACGGAGCAUUCUUGUUUUAUAAUAUCAAUCAAUGCUCCUCCGGUGUACAGAAUUGUGUGUGGAAGGAAGAGAUAAAAUAAAUUCCAUAAUCCAGUCUCUUAUACUACAUUAGUGACAUUCUCAAGCCCUUUUAGGAAGCUGAGGGCAUUAUACUAAGUGAAAUAAACUUCGUCGUGGACAAGCUCUGGCAAGGCACAUGUUUGUUAUUAAAGGAAUCAAUUCCAGCAGAUUCUUAAUCUAAGA